GGAUGAGCUGAGGCCUUCACCCCGUCCGAGACCAAACCGUUCAAAUUGCGCCGCCCAGACGGAGUUUCCGGACGCCCCGUUAAUUCAGGAGUUUUGCACCAGUCUGAAGAAAACGGACGCCAGGUGCAACCUCACAAUUUGAAUCCAGUUUGCAGUUUUUCCACUUAAAUAAUGCCCACAAAUACUGUGGUCUGAGUUUUUUUGGGGUGGUUUUGUUGUUUCUUUCUGGAGCCAACAAGGGCUCCUUAGCCUUUGGGUGCGAUAGAGUUCCUGGGUUUUUUUGGUUUUUUUUCUCUCGUGUGGUGGUCUCUUGAGCCGUCAAAAUAAGUUCCUCUCUGCCUCCCCACCUCUCCCACCGCGGCCAGUCCAACAACCCUUUCCCCCUGGAUUCGCACGGUAAGAGGUCCCACUACGGCGCAAAGCUGAAUCCCUACACGAGAGCGAGGAUGACGGAGGCGUGGCAGCAGCAUGCUGUUGCCCCGCCUCCCGUGGUCCACACCAUACCGCCGGGGGCGGAGAACGCCCUUGGAUGCGCCGUCUACGGCAUCGUGCUGCAGCCGGACGCGACGCUCCAGCAGUCGCAGCAGCAACAACAACAGCAACAGCAGCAGCAGCACCACGGCCAGCAUGGGCAGCAGCAGCACCAGGCACAGCAACCCUCCCUACAGGUGGGCAGCGAGGGCGGGCACAAGUGUGGAGCCUGCGGCCACGACAUCUCCCACCUGGCCAACCCCCACGAGCACCAGUGCAUGGUGAGCCAGGACCGCUCCUUCCAGUGCACGCAGUGCCUGAAGAUCUUCCACCAGGCUACGGACCUCCUGGAGCACCAGUGCGUGCAGGUGGAGCAGAAGCCAUUUGUCUGCGGCGUGUGCAAGAUGGGGUUCUCGCUGCUCACCUCCUUGGCGCAGCACCACAACUCGCACAACAGCACCAACCCCAUGAAGUGCUCCAUAUGCGAGAAGACCUACCGGCCCGGCUCCUCGGGCAACGCCACGCCCACCUCGUCGGCGACCAAUCCGGGCCAGCCGUCCAACGACGGGGCGUCGGCCAGCAGCAGCGCGGCCGUGGGCUCGUCCGGCCAGCCCGCCUUUGAGUCGUCGGCGCCCUACAGGCCGUACAAGUGCUCGGUGUGCUCGAAGGGCUUCCGGCACCUGUCCGAGCUCACCCGACACGAGCGUGUGCACACGGGCGAGAAGCCCUUCAAGUGCGAGACGUGCGACAAGAGUUUCAGCCAGUCAUCGCACCUGGUGCACCACCAGCGCACGCACAGCAACGAGCGGCCGUUCAAGUGCGCCGUGUGUGAGAAGAGCUUCAAGCACCGCUCACACCUGGUACGCCACAUGUACGCCCACUCGGGCGAGCACCUGUUCAAGUGCAACAUGUGCGAGCUGCACUUCAAGGAGUCGUCUGAGCUGCUGCACCACCAGUGCCAGCCGCAGGGCGCCCGACCUUUCCGCUGCGCUACUUGCGGGAAGGGCUUCAAGCGGCCAUCGGACCUGCGCCAGCACGAGCGCACACACUCGGAGGAGCGGCCCUACCACUGCGAGGACUGCCAGAUGAGCUUCAAGCAGCAGUACGCGCUCGUGCGCCACCGGCGCACGCACACCGCCUCCGCCGACCGCCCCUUCAAGUGCAACCUGUGUGACAAGGGCUUCCUGCAGCCGUCGCACCUGUUGUACCACCAGCAUGUGCACGGCAUGGACAACCUCUUCAAGUGCGCAUCCUGUGGCAAGGGUUUCAGCCAGUCAGGCGAGUUGCUCCGCCACAAGUGCGGCGAGAGCUCCUCCACGCCCACGAACCCGGACAAGCCGUACAAGUGCGACGUAUGCGGCAAGGCCUACAAGAAGGCCACCACGCUCCAGCGCCACCAGACCACCCACUGCAACGAGAAGCCGCUGAAAUGCUCCCUGUGCGACCGCCGCUUCCUGUCGUCCUCGGAGUUUGUGCAGCACCGAUGCGACCCAUCCCGCGAGAAGCCCCUCAAAUGCCCUGACUGCGAGAAGCGCUUCAAGUACUCGUCGGAGAUGAAUCGCCACCGGCGCGUCCACACAGGGGAGAAGCCGUACAAGUGCGCCAGCUGCGACAAGGGCUUCAAGCAGCGGGAGCACCUGGCCAAGCACCAGAGCGUGCACUCCAGGGAUGCCCAGUUCAAGUGCGUGUGGUGCGGGGAGCGCUUCGCAGACCUGGGGGCCCUCCAGGAGCACACGGUCCAGCACACGGCCGAGGGGGGCGGGUACCCUGUACCUUCCCUCAUUCAGUAACUCUCCUCUUCUUCUACCCUGUUUCCUCCUCUGCCAAAAUUGUGUCUGGCAAGAUUGAGCAAACUUAAUCUCUCUAGUUUACUGUGUUGCCCAGUCAUGUAGACUUACAAAGAGAUCUGACUGUCGAGCAUCCUGUGGGGGAGGAUGAAGGGGGGGGGGUGCGGAAAUGAAAGAAAAAUGGUCUUAUAUAUAAAAAUUACCCUUUGAUACCCAGAGGCAUUUCAACAUUUGAUUUUGGAGACAGAACAGAGGGUUAUAGGCAUUGAUUCCUUCCAGUUCUCAAUAACGGUCCCUUUGAUGAAAGUGUGGGGGGGGGGGGGUGAUGAAGUACAAAACAUUUAAAUUUGUUCUGAUAUAUUGUGCAUAAUAUUUUAAGGUGAGCGAAAGGAGGAGGAGAAGUGGGCUUGUUUCCAACUCUGGGAUAUGAAGAAAUGGUGCCCUCUGGUGUCUGAGAGCAGCUUUAAGACUUGCAUAGUCCCCUUUGCCAGAAGAGGCUUGCCUUCACUUUAAUAACACAUUGUCCAGUGUCCCAUUUUAAGAUGUGGAGCAUUGGAGUUUAUUUAAAAAGACAAACAAAACAACAAAAUAUAUGGCUGUGUGCUGAUUUUUGUCUGGUAAAUUGUUAAGGAAUCGAUUAUACUGUUAUUCUGAGUAAAGCAGGUUUUUAAAAAAAUUUUUUUUUAAGAGAUUCUAGUAGCUAGUGCAUAUGGGCUGUAGUUUGCGUGCUUCUUGUCUGAGUAUAAUUUGUAGUUAGAUUAAUUUGUAAGGAGCAGUUGAGGAGUGUUUCAGUCACUAGCCUUGCUCCGAAAUGAAGGAGUGUACUGCUCUCGUCUCGCAACAGAAAGGAUGAAAACAUACUGUAUAUAUCCACACAAGUCUUCACUUGAAACUAUAUUGCCUGCGUUUAGUUGACCCCUCAGCUAGUGGUAGCUGACAGGAUAUUAGGAAUCAGAUGGGGAACUAGCCUAUAUUGUGCUAUCAUGAACUAUCAAAAGUGUCUGUAAGUGUGUGUCUGUGUCUGAGCCCUAUGAUGGGGCAACCAUGUACCAAGAAGAAAAACGAAAAACGAGCAAAAAAGUCAAAAACCCAACCCAGUCACUAAUGUACUGUAUUGCAACCCAAAGGGAUGGACCUAACCAGCUGAAACAUUGAGGUCAUCAGUCUCUCUUUCACUGCUAUAUGCAUAAAUAUAUAGAAACUAUAUAAAAAUAUAUAUAUACUUCACUCUUGUAUACAUGCAGUUCAUAAUACCACAAAAAGAAAAAUCAGUCAACAGCUGUCCUGAAAUUGCCUAAAACCUUAAAAAGGCUUUCUGUUACUGUAUGUACAUAGGUUAGUAUGUAUGCACCAUGUCUGCCGGUCUUGUCAUUAGAUAUUGUCUUUCUUAAUCUGCGUCGACUGUUUUAUAAGUAGCUUUUUAUUAAGUGGAACACUCGACUCAUCCUUUUCCUCCCACUUUUUAAUUUCUCUCUGUGUGGAAUCUUAGGUGUAGAGUUCGAUUGUGCCGACGUGUUUUCCGAGUCGUGCGGAAGUUUGUCUUUGAAGAAAUCUUCGUCCCUGUCCCUCACUGUAAGCCUUUUUUAAACGUCAGUUUCCGUCGUGCAGGUGAGCGUGUCGGGCCGCCUCUCUCCCUCCCCAGUGUGAAGACAGGAGGUGGAGACUUGGGCUUCACCCCGGCCAGCGCUGAGUGGGGGAUUUUUCUACAGUUUGUAUAGAUUUCUCUUCUUUUUAGCCCCCCCGCGUUUAUACUGCAUCUCGGUGAUGCCCCGCCCUCCUUUAUUUUGUAACAAGCAUGAGGUGGGGGGGUUUUUUUUGGGGUUUUUUUUCCUCUUCUCUUUUUAAGAAAACUAAAUUCAUUUUGGUUGCCCAGUGAUUUAGGAGAAAAUAAACCGAGGGCCGAUGAAGGCGGACUCAAUUACGACACUCAGUUUUCUUUAUUUUAAAUACAUGCGUUGUACAGAUCAUAGUCAUAGCAUGGAUGCUGUUUACUGUUUCCUAGAAAACUCUCUUAAUACAGCUUUGUUUCCUCAUUGCAACCCCCUCAGCCCCCCAUUUAAUUUUUUUUAGAAUAACCAAACUACCCUGGACCUUGAGCUGAUGGAGAAAGGGCAGCACCCAUGUCAUCUCCAAGCUGCCUAAUUUGACACUGAUCCAUAAUAAAAUGUUGAUUUGAACAACAUAACAGCAGCAGCAACGUGUUGUGUGCGUGGUGCUGUGUCGGUGUGGUUCUGUGCUGACCCCUACAGGCAGUGUUGUGCGCUGAUUGGAGCCCGUGGGCUGGGGGCAUGCUGCAGAGGUUUGGGUAUGACCAUUGCCCUCAGCACCGCGGUGCAUACGCAGGCCAGGCACUUUGGUCUUGGGCUUGAGCAAUGCUGGGUUUCUUUUUUUUCAUUUUCUUUCUUUUUUUUCUUUUCUUUUUUAGCAUAUAUUUCACAUUUUAAUAGUGUAUGGUUAUCCAUUGCUUGACAAUAUCAAGGGGCUUUUUUUCCCCCCAACCACAGGCAUUAAGAGGUUUGACAGAGGUUGUGAUUUUAAAGUGUCUUUUUUUUUUUUUUCACGUUUGCAUUGUAUAUUAUUUUUUUAUUAAUAUUGUUUAAAAUUUCUAUAUAAAUAUCUAUAUUCCUGGUGUGAGGAUCAGGACUACGGGGGAGAGGAGGUGGGACCUUUUAACUUCAAGGAGAGGUGGGCGUGGCCCUUCUUCCCCAGUUGUCCUGGACUCCGCCUCCUGCAUGCCUGCUGUGUUAGUUCCUGUAAUCUGUUUUGAAGUAUCUGUGCUUCUGAGCACACUUACUUUUUAGCUUUUUUCAAAUUGUAGAUUGUGGAUGAGCUAGUAAGAAAACAUCAUGUGGCAAUGGAUGUGACAUUCAUGCUAAAUAUCUGUAUGUAGCAUUUAAUAUACACAGCACUAACUAAUAAACUUUUUCAUUAAUAA